UUCUACUCCGUUUAAGAAAUGAGGAUAGAAAAUCCAAAAUAAACGUCGACCACAUGUUACCAUGCUGGUGGCAGCACAGCCCUCGUCUAUGCAACAACUCCAACUUGCUUCGAGCAGUAGCAUCAUCUGGAAUUCAUUUACACCAUCUCCUCUACACCCACGUCGGCUCUACAUAUUUCGCCGGCGGAUUGCGAGACCUUCGAAAUCCUCCGAUGGGACCGCCUUCGAGGUUAAGUCGUACAUGGACGACAGCAACUCCGUCUCCGGCUUGGUUAAGAAAGUUGUCGGUUCGCUUCCUGUCAUCGGACUCAUCGUCAGAAUCGCCAGUGGAGAGGGCGGCAUAGGCGGUGAUUUAAUCGAUUUUGCCGAGUUCAGAAGGAGAGUGGGGAAGAAAUGCUCGGUCAGUGAUUCCAUAGCUUUCUACGACUUUCAGGAUCGGAGAGGCCGGGUAAUCUUCCUUUCCUUGCACCUGAAAUCAUGAAUUGCGCCGUUCUAUCGAAUAUCAGAUUUAAAAUUACUUUGCGUGGUAGGCAGGGGAUCCAUUGUAUUUUCUAUUAUGCUGCUGGUUAGCUGCGGUUGGUGCUGGUCUGCUAAAAUCCGAGGAGAUAUUAGUAGGUGCUGCCAGGCUUCGUUUAUCGAACGAUAUUGAGUUCGAGGAGCAAACUUUUAUGGCUAUGAUGAGCGAAGCCAAAGAGAAACGGGCAAAAGCAAAAGCUCCUAAGCCAAGCAUACCUAUGGAAAUCAGAGUUGAGAAAGCAGUUGAUGCAAUUUAUGUGUGUUGCUUCGGGAGGGGUGAGAUGGAAGAAGAAGAACAGAGGCUGUUAUGUGUCAUGCUUGGGGUCGUCUUUCCUACAGUUGGGAAGCAGGAGGUAGAGAGGAUUGUGAAAUCUAAGGCAACUCAAAUAGCAAAGAGCACGGAGGAAGGACAAGUUCCUGUGCCGAAGUCCCUAUCAAAAGAAGCUGUGCUGAUGCAAUUGAAGGAUUUGGAAUUUCUCAAGCAACAAGGCAAUUGACUUAGAAAGGUAAGAACACCGGGACACAAAGGCAUUCUGAGCUAAAGUAUGAAAGGAACACUGAUCUACCCGUACUGCUUGUAGCAAGAAUUCAAAAGAGACUCGUAGACACAAUUUUUUGUAUAAAGCCGAAUGUAAUGUUGUGUUGAUGGAUAAAAUGAUAUUAUUUCCAUCCAGACUUUUAAAAUGUGAAAUCUUUAGGCAACAUUUAUAAACCUGAAUUGAAUGUAAUACUCCGGUAUUAUACUCAAAUACUCCCUGCAUCCCCCACAAUGAUGGGUUGUAUAUGUUAGAAGUUUGAUCAAGGAUGUUUUCUUUUGGAUGCU